AUGUCCGAAGAAGUCGGUGCCAGAGUGCUUUCCGGCACCGCGUUGUCCAAGUAACACAAUUCAAAUUUUAUAUAGUCAAUACUUACGCUCGUAAUUUAUAACACUGUUUUAUUUUCGAUUUCAUAUCUGUCCACGUUUUUAGACAAAUUAAACAAGGUUUAAAAGAGCAAACGGCUUUGCUGGCCGAACAGUUCAAUGGGUUUAAAGCGCGUCUUGUCAUCGUUCAAGUCGGUGGUCGUGACGAUUCAAAUGUUUACAUACGCCAGAAAAUCAAGUCUGCUGCCGAAGUCAACGUGGAAGCGUCCCACGUACAAUUUCCCAAGACCAUCACCCAAAGUGAAGUAUGCAAUUGCCCUUUGAUUUUGUAAUUUGUUUUAGACACACUAAUAAUUUAUAUUAUGUGUUCUUAACUAUACCUUAAAAUUAUUUAAAUUAUUAUUUAGUCCUACUUAAUUUAUAUAUAUAUAAAUCUAAACUGGACAAGUUAGAUAUUUUUAAUCAACUAGUUAAAGUUAAUUAACUUUAAUAUAAAAAUGAAUAGAGUUAGAAUAGAAAUUAUUUUCUUAAAUGGUCUAAAAUUCUAACUUAGUUAUAAAUUAGUGAAAAUAAGUAACUUAAGUUAUAAUGAAAGAUACAGGUUAAUUUUUGUUCAUAGUUUUAAAUCCCUGAAUUAAAUUAUUAAUAAUAAUUAACAAAAUAACAAAUAAAAUAAUAUAUAUGUACAUUGAAAACUAUUUAUUAAGAAUCUUAAGGGACCAAGAGAUUUCUUUCAUUGUUUUCGCUGUAGAGAUUGAGAAGAAUACUAAUGUAUGGGAUAUAAAGCACACUAACCACUAUUAAGUUAGAGCUUUUCAUUAAAAAGAGUUUUCACUGUAUAUAUUAUACAAGUAGAUGCAUAUAGUGAUUAUUAAAAAUAUUUACGAAAUAUUAACAUUUGCUAACAUAGUUACCUAUUUAUUUUAAAAUUUUCUUAAAAGCUAUAGGUACAUUUUUAGUUAAAAUAAGAAGUUAUAAUUUGUUAUUAAUUUUUGUUGAUUUAUUAAAGUUAUUUGGUAAAUAUUAAAUAGUCAAUUUUGUAGUGUAUUCAUUUACUUUGAUGACUGGCUUAUUAAAUUAUUAUAUAAAAUAAAUAAUAGGUAGUUAUUCUUUAUAGAUUAUUAUAAUAUAUAUAUACAUAUUUUAAUGACCUUAAUUAAAUAUUAACAUAAACAUUUGUGCUAUUUUUUCUUUUAUUUUUAUAUGAUUACAAAAUAACAACUUAAUUAAAAUUAGUUUUUUUUUUAACAUGUUAGAUUAGAUAAUAAUAAGCAUUAAAUCUAAUCAAUUAAGUUAGACUCAUUAUGAAUUAAAACCAAUUAGUGAACUUUCACAUUAGUCAGUCCCCAGCUUUGAAAUACAUAUUAAAUAUGUAUAUUUUUGGUUUUAUUUAGUUACUUUCUGAAAUCAACAAAUACAACAUUGAUUCAUCUGUGCAUGGUAUUAUUGUUCAAAUGCCAUUAGAUUGUAUAGAAAAUAUAGAUUCACAUUUAAUCACCAAUGCCGUUUCUCCCGAAAAGGAUGUCGAUGGGUAAAUAUAAUAUAAAUUCUAUACUUAAUUAUUAUGGCUUCAAUUGUCUGAAAUGUAUAUUUGGUGUGUUUACUUUUGCAGCUUGAACAUUGUUAACGAAGGUCGAGUAGCCAUUGGUGAUUUAACUGGUCUAAUACCAUGUACUCCUAAUGGAGUCAUACAGUUAAUUAAAAGGUAAAAUGUUUAUUAGCUGUAAAAUAAAUUACAUUUUUUUUAAAUUUUCUUUCUGUUACAAUUUCAGUAGUGGUAUUGAAAUUGCUGGAAAAAGAGCAGUAGUAUUGGGUCGCAGCAAAAUUGUUGGAGCACCCGUUGCAAGUUUACUCAUAUGGCAUAAUGCUUCAGUAACAAUUUGCCAUUCUAAAACCAAGGACAUUGAAAAAGAAGUUAGUCGUAAUAGUUUGAAUAUGUAAAUUGAGUGCCUACCUAAUUAUGAUCAAUAUUUUUGUAUUCAAUUAGGUAUCCAGAGCAGACAUUUUGGUAGUGGCCAUUGGCAAACCAGAAUUUGUUCAGGGUUCAUGGAUCAAACCAGGAGCAGUAGUAAUAGACUGUGGCAUCAAUUCUCUUCCGGGUAAACAUUUCUUAAAUGACCAUUAAAAUUGUGACAUUGUAUGUAAAAUAUUCCAUUUUAUCAUUUGUAGACUCUUCAAAGAAGUCUGGAUAUCGUCUGGUUGGAGAUGUUCAUUAUUUUUCAGCUUCUCAGAUAGCAUCAGCAAUAACACCAGUCCCUGGUGGUGUUGGCCCCAUGACUGUUGCCAUGUUAUUGUCAAAUACUGUACAAGCGGCUACAGAGGCUGCAAAUAAAAUCUUUAAGAGUCAAUGGAAUUUGAGUGUACUUCCAUUAAAACUACAAAAACCAGUUCCGAGGUAAAUAAAAUAUUUAUUAUAUUUAUAAAAAGAUAACAUUAAGCAUUUUUUCUUGUUUACAGUGAUAUUGAAAUUGCCAGAAGCCAAGAACCAAAGAAUAUAAUGUUGUUGGCUAAAGAAAUAGGUUUAGAAGACAAUGAAGUAACUUUGUAUGGUAACAAAAAAGCAAAAAUCAGUAUAUCUGUUUUGAAUCGUCUGGAGAAUAUAAAUAAUGGAAAAUAUAUUGUUGUUACUGGGUAUGUAAAUGUAAUACUUUUAAUAUCAGAAUAUUGCUUACUCUUUAUACAUAGUUAAAAAUAAGACUAAAUAUAUAUAAUAUAUAUUUAAAUAUAUUUUUAAUAGUACACUUGACAGCUAUGGACUUUCCCUGUUAUUCUCAGGGAUGCAAUUUUUGGAUUUUAGUGGUAGGUAAAAUUAAUACUUUAUAAUAUAUCUUAACCAUGGUAUUAUAUUAUCUACCAUAUAAACAUAAUAAAUAACAAUUAAAUAUAUCAGACCUUGGUAGAUAGUUCUUUAAUUUGAUAUUUGGUUACAUAAAGAAAAUGAAUAAUUGUUUCUUUUGUUUUGAUGAUAUAGUUAUUUAUUUAGUAUAAUUUAAACGAACAUAAAAGCUCAAUUAAAUAAAAUUGUACACACAACACAAUUUAAAAUUUUUUAAAGAUAAGAUUGUGUUAGAUUAAUGACUAAUCAAUUCUAAAAUAUUGUAACUAAUUAAAUUAUUUUUUAGUAUAACACCAACUUCUCUUGGUGAAGGCAAAAGUACUACGACUGUAGGGCUUGUUGAAGCAUUAGCAGCACAUACUAAAAAAAACACUAUUGCAUGUUUGAGACAACCAUCACAAGGACCAACAUUUGGUAUUAAAGGUUUGUGAAUUCCAAAAAUAAAUCUUCAAAUUUUUUUUUUAUACACAAACAUCUUGUAUUUCUCAGGUGGUGCAGCAGGUGGUGGUUACUCUCAAGUGAUACCUAUGGAAGAUUUUAAUCUUCACUUGACUGGUGAUAUACAUGCUGUCACAGCUGCAAAUAAUUUAAUGGCUGCACAGAUUGAUGCUCGCAUGUUUCACGAGGCUACUCAGAAAGACGAAGCAUUGUACGAUCGUCUGGUACCAACGGUGAAAGGUGUACGCAAAUUCUCAUCUAUACAAUUGAAUAGGUUAAAAAGGCUUGGCAUUAAUAAGACUGACCCAUCCUCAUUGACUGCUGAGGAAAUCAAUCAUUUUGUUAGGUUAAACAUAGAUUCAAACACUAUAUCCUGGAAUAGAGGUAUGCAUACAUAAUUUUAAUAUAUGUAUUCAGAAUAAUUAUAAUUUAUUUUUACAAGACAUUGUCUUUUUCAGUCAUAGAUACAAACGAUCGUUUUUUGCGUAAAAUUACAAUCGGCCAGUCACCAACUGAAAAAAACCAUACCCGACAAACAUGUUUUGAUAUAUCUGUAGCCAGUGAGAUCAUGGCUAUUUUGGCACUAGCUAAAGACUCCAAAGAUCUAAAGGAAAGAUUGUCUAACAUUGUUGUCGCUCAAGAUACAAAUGGUAAAGACAUCACUGCAGAUGACUUGGGUAUGACUGGCGCAAUGGCUGUGCUUUUGAAAGAUGCUAUUGAUCCAACAUUAAUGCAGACUCUUGAGGGGACACCUGUGUUGGUGCAUGCCGGUCCAUUCGCUAACAUUGCUCAUGGUGCUUCAUCCAUUUUGGCAGAUUUGCUGGCUGCUAAAUUAGUUGGCUCUGAUGGUUAUGUGGUCACUGAAGCUGGUUUCGGAUCAGAUAUUGGUAAGUUAAUUAUUUAUUACAAUGUGAAGAUGAAAAAAAAUAUAAAUAUAGUUUAAUUUUUCAUUAGGAAUGGAGAAGUUUUUCAACAUCAAAUGCAGAUAUUCCGGUCUCACACCUAAUGCUGUAGUUUUAGUGUGUACUGUUAGGGCUUUGAGAAUGCAUGGAGGCGGUGCUAUCAAUCCUAAUACAUCUGUGAAACCUGAAGAAAAUGAAGUAAUUGUGUUAUAAUUAUUUGUUAUAAUCAUAUUUAAUUAUUAUUGUUUAUUUUCUGUAGGAAGCAUUACGUAAAGGUACGAAAAACUUGCAAAAGCAUAUUAAUAAUGGCAUCAAGUUUGGUGUUCCUGUAGUAGUGGCCAUCAAUGCUAUGAACACAGACACUGAGAUUGAAUGGAAAAUUAUAAGAGACGCAAGUCUUGAAGCUGGUGCAGUGGACGCAAUUGUGAGCACCCAUUGGGAAAAUGGAGGGUCAGGAGCUAUCAAAUUAGCUGAAACUGUCAUUCGAGCUUCUGAACAACCUCAACAAUUCAAGUUACUUAUGCAAAUAUAGUUUUGCGUCUAAAAUAUUGUAUUAAAUUUGUGUUUGUUGGCUAGGUUUUUGUACGAUUUGGACAUGUCAUUGCAGCAUAAGAUUGAAACUAUUGCAAAAGAAAUGUAUGGAGCUAAAUCCGUAGAGUUUAGCGAAGCAAUGCUUAACAAACUGAUUAAUUAUGAGUCUAAGGUAUUUAUAUAUUCUGAUAAUAUAGAUUUUCUGUAUGAAAAAAGUAUUUUGUCUUCGCUGAAAUAAAACAUUGUAUAAUAUAAUCUCUUAAACUAUUAAUAAGUUAGAGUAAAUGUAUUAUGUAUGUAGUUAUAGUUCUGUUUUGAUUAGAGUAGUGUUUUACUUUGUGACCAUUUAUAAUAGGGUUAUGGAAAGUUACCAGUUUGUAUAGCAAAAACAGCAUUGUCAUUAAGUGGAAAUCCAAAUCUUAAAGGUGUUCCAACAGAUUUCACACUCCCUAUAGUAGAUGUGUCUUUGUCUGCUGGAGCUGGCUUUAUCAUUGCAAUAGCUGGAGAGGUAAUUUAUAAAUAAAAAUGAAUGAUACCUUAUAUAAUUGCAAAAUUGCUAACGUAUGUACUUUAUGAAUUCAGAUUUCUAAGAUGCCUGGGUUGUCUACUCGUCCAAGUAUCUAUGAUAUUGAUUUAAACAUUGAAACAGGAGAAAUUAUUGGUCUUUUUUAG